CCUUAAAGCUUUUGUAUUAGCUGAUAUUAUAGUGAACGUAAAGUAAGUGUAUAACUGUUUAUAUGGUGGACCUGAAGCUGAGUAUGAGUACUUCUGAGUAUUAUGUGAAGGACUCACCAACAAAGCGUGCGUCCAGAGAUCUAACCAAUAAUACUGAGCCAGGCACAUUGAAUUCUCUUAGAGAAGAAAACUGUUUAAUCAAGCAACCCGUGGCAGAGGACAUGAUCCUAAGGCGCAGUCAGUACCUCAAGCCUAAAUGCAGAGUACGAAAGAUUUCUUCAAAGGCAGCUGUAUUAGUGCUCAUUUGGACUGUUCUAGCCAUAUCUGUAAUCGGAUAUUUGGGCAAUCUAACAAUAUUGUUUCAUUUGAACGAUGACCUGAUUUCUGCUAUUGUGCCUGCGGUCGUAUUUGUCGUUAUGGCUUUACUUUCAGGCUACAUUGCUGAUAACUUUAUCGGGCGAUACAAAUCGGCAAAGAUUGCAUUCAUACUAUUGUUUGCAACUUCCAUUCUGCAGUGUAUAUUGGUGACAGCCAAACAGUCGAUCGUGGAGUACCCACUGGGUUUGAGAAUUGGAUUAGUAACGUUCACUUCAUCUCUGGGAUUUGGUAGUUUUGCUAUUCUAUUGGUCACUCUACCGCAAAUUGGUCUGGAUCAAAUGACUGACAACUCGGUCUCCAACAUCACCAGUUUCAUAGCGUGGUUUGUCGCUUCUUGGUUUUUUGGUGUUUGGUUUAGUGAGUUCUCUUCUACCACGGGCUUGUUUUGUUUCGGAGAUGAUUUUCAGACAGUUUGGAGCUUGUUAUCUGUAGUUAGCAUGUCGAUUGUUCUCAUCUCUGACUUUUUCCUCACUCCAAAAUGGCUUAUUAUUGAACCAAAAUCUCCACAAUCUAUUAAGACGAUCUACCGUGUCUUGAAGUAUGCUGCAAAACACAAAUCUCCUACUAAUCGCAGUGCUCUCACAUAUUGGGAAGAAGGCAUACCUUCUAGAAUAGACCUGGGGAAGACAAAGUAUGGUGGACCAUUUACAGUAGAGCAAGUUGAAGAUGUGAAAACUCUCUUAAGAAUAUUGGCUCUCACUGCACCCUUAUGGCUGACCUUUUUUUCAUUCCAAAUGCAAUUGAAAAUUGUAUAUAAUAUUGUACUCAAAGCUGAUCCAUUUGGAAAUGUUACCGACAGCCAACGAUGCCACUCACAUGUGAUCAUGUUUUUCACCUAUGAGUCGAAUUUGCUUACUGUUCUGUUCCUUGUUGUGUAUGAGCUCGUUGUUUUUCCACUAAUUGGACAUUUGACUCCAAGCUCAAUCCGACGUAUUGGUAUGUCUGUCCUGCUUAUUGUGAUCGCUUCCUUUUUCUGCAUAUUGAUCUGUGUGUACUUCUAUUUCUACCAUGAUAUUCACAUUGCACUAGCCUACAUCUAUGCUUUGAGUGUAGCUACCAUUUUUUCUAUACUAUAUCCUUCUUUAAUGGAGUUUGUUUCUGCUCAGUCACCUUACAACAUGCGCAGUCUUUUGCAGGGCUACUUGUGGUGUAUUGUCAUGUUUUCUAGUGGAAUAACCGAACUGAUAAUUACCUUCUCGAUUUCUAAGUAUGGUUUAGCGCAUCACAAGUUGAUCUUCUCAUCCGUUGCUACUGUGGUUACUUUGGUUGGGUUUGUACUGUUUUGUCUACUUGCUCGCUGGUACAAGAGGAGAGAAAGAGAUGACAUAGUCAGCGUUCAUACUUUGGUUGAGGAAGUCUACGACAGAUAUAUCUCAAAUAGAUCUGUACUCUAGCACGUACUGGCCAGUAUUUUUUAUAUUAAGUUGCUUUGAACGUUUUCGUUUUGUUGAUACUUUCCAUGAAUAAGUUUCCGAGUAUAAGUUGGCUGUAUACAUUUCUAACUGGAGAACAAUAUAAUAACUGUAUGUGUUCUGCAGGAAUACAAUGGUUGCCACUAUGUAUGUAUCCUUGGGGCA